AUGAUCGUGUCAGGCUCAGUUGAACGAAAAAUAAUACCAGAUAUUGAAGCAACGCCACAAUUAGAUUCCCUUUAUGUUUUCUGCGGUGAUCAAUUUUAUCAUGAGCCAUGGGCUAAUAAAAUAUCAAAAAUUAAAGGUGUUUACACAAAAAUUGAACGCAUUUGUGAAGAAUUAAAAAUCGAGCGUAAACAAUAUGAUCGAGCUAUGAUCUCGAUCAGUUAUAAGCCAAUUAAUCCAUCAUUUAUGUACUCACAAUUAUUAAAAGAAGUGUUUUGA